AGGUAGGUUACUGAGAUGUAAUGGCAGCGCUGAUCUUCAUAGAGCAUUGGGAGGAGAGGAGUGGUGUUGUGGAGGAUGUGUUCGCUGCUGCCAGAGAAGCUGAGCUGAACAGACAGAGAGAAUACGAUGCAGCUCUACACAUUCAGGCUGUAAUGAGGGGGGUCAGACUGAGACAGUUCAUCAAGUACCUUCACAUGUGUGCUAUUAGAAUACAGAUGGCGUGGCGUGGGUACCUGGGAAGGAUUGAAUAUCACAGACAACUAGCAGCUAAAGUUGAACAGCGCCAGUUGAACAAUUACCACAACAUGGCUACCAAAAUAAAGAAGGUAUGGAAGGGACACUAUGUGCGGAAGAAUGUGUAUGAUUACUACGCUAUGAAGACUUAUCUCGGCGCUCUUGAGGAGAAAAACAAGAUUGUCAGGGAGAGAUUGCGGGAGUAUGAGCAGGAGAUGAAAGAGAGAGAAGCUCUGGAGGCGGAGGUGAAGGAGCUAGAGAAAUACGACAAAUACGCAAGAUCCUGCCAUUAUAUGAUGAGCACUAGAGUUAAAGCUGGAGUGUUUGUGAAGGAGCAGGAGGUGUCAGUGUUUGAAGAUCAGAUAAAAGCCGUGUUUCCGAAGGAUCUCGGCAAGAAGAAGAACAAAUGGCACAAGUCCGCUCAGAAGACGGUUGAUAACUCCACGUUUGAGCUUCCUCCCCUGAAACGAGUUCAAGGCCCGUUUAAGAACCCUAGCGUUGUGUACAUGCAGCGGCUCAAGUCACUCAAACCAACUCUCAAAGUGCAGACGACUUAAAACAAGAG